CCCUAGCAUUGUAGGCGAGUCGAGAAUCCUGCGAGAAGAGGAGGCAAGUUCUUUGACUCGCUUCGCCUUCUCGUUGGUAUUUGUUGCCGAGGUUUCGAAAGAACUCAGCAAGAUGAGACUCUGACACACCCUCCAAGUUGUCAAGACAAAGCCGCCAAAAUGGCUUCUUGGCUGUCGGCCAAGAUCUCUGCUCUCGGAGAGCGGGUGAUGGACAGCGUCCUUGACGCCGUUGUCCAGAACCAGGAUCUACACCUGAAGAAUUUGCAAAACAUGCAGCAGUGGAAUAUCUCGCGUUUGGUGAAUCGGGUAGUCAGCGCGAAGUACUUUUACAAGCAACAGAACGUGGAGUCGUGUGCGGAGUUUGAUGAAUUAUUUCCGUCUCCGGAUUCUCUUCUGCGCUGUUCACCUUCCUCGCCGCCACCGCCGAAGCCGACGUCGUUCGCCUCCUCUUUCCUGGUACCUCAAGAGCCCCUGGGGCAUCUGGACAUCCGCGUCCGCUCCUGUUCUCUCGUGCUUUUCACUGCCGAGAAUGGCCGCGUUCUUCCAUCUGUUGCGAUGCUUCAGAGACAGCAUCAGCAGCUUCUGUGGCAGACGGUGAUCCACGUGGAAAACCAGGAACAGAGAAGCCCCUGCUACAAAAUGGAGAAAAAGGAUGCGUACGCCACGAACGAAAUCCUGUUUGACGACUCGUUUGAGUUCCCGAUCCGAGACUUGUGGACUGACAUUUGCAUCGACGUUGUCGCUUUGAAGACGAAGCGGCACAUCAUCGUCAAACCUGCUUCGUCCUCGGCUGCGAAUUCGCCUGCGCCGAACUCGGCCGUUCCCGGUUCUUGCUGCAAACACUCGCAUCCGUCCUCGCGGUCGCCUGCCGUCCCUUCCGAGAGAGCUGCGAGCACUGGCGGCUUCACAGCGCUAGGAGCCUCAGGCGCUGGAGACACUCGCGUGGGGUCCGCGGACGGGGACGCCGACAGUCCCGAGGGCUCCAGAGGCGCCGAGGAAGGCCUGUGCGUGCUCGAAAGUCCGCGAACCGGGGCGACUUCAAGGUCUCCUGGUCCAGAUGUGGAACACCUUGGGGCAGGACCUCCCUCAGCGUCUUCGCCGAACCAUGCGAAUUCUCCGCGCGCCCGGACAGGCGCCAGUUCUUCUGCCUCUUCUUCUCGUGAGGGCCGCUAUUUGUAUGGACGAGCAAUUUUACCUUUAUCUGCCUUCUUGUCGUCUUCUCCGCCGCAGUUGGAAACGCGGAAGGACCUCGCGGGCAGAAAGCGCGAGUCUUCUUUUUGGAGAGCUUUCGCUGGGAUGGACUCCAAGGAGGCGAAGGCGCACAGACGCAGAAAUCCCGUCGCAGGCGACAGCGAAGAGGGUGAGAACGGCCGCGGAAAAAAGCGAGAGGAAGACUCCUCUUUCGAGCCGUGCAGAGUCAGUCGAGCGGAGUUCUGGGUGCAGCUUUUCCCCGACAACCACAAACUCUCCGAAAGGAAAUAUCUACGACCUGUGAAAGGUUUUGAGGAAUUCGGCAUGAAGAAUCCGCUGAGCACUCUCGGCUUCCUUCACGUCACUGUGGCAUUCGAGUGGACGCGUCGACCUUCGAUUUCGCCGCUGCUCUCGUGUCUCUUGCCGCCUUCUCAACUGUGGGUCGUUCCUCUCAAACCGGAGCCUCACUACGUGGAGUCCUUCUCUCAACGGUGCAAGGAUGCUUUUUCAGAGCCACCGCGCUGGAUCGAUCUCUUCUUCCACUUCGGAGGUCACCUUGAAGACAGGACGUGGGCAGGGUCAUGUUGCUGGUUGUUGUUUUGGUUGAAUCUGCUUUACGGGACAUGUUUCGCGCCGUUUUACCAGCUUCCAGGUUGCGCCUUUGUGGCCGUCGCUCUCGUGUCUUUCGCGUACUUUCUUCUUCGUCAAAACAGAUUUUUCGUCUACUCCCUUCCACCCUUUGGGUCUCCGACGCUCCCAGUUGCGGCGCCGCCUCUGUCGUUUCACACUCCCAUGUGGGCAGCACCGACCUCGCCGCUUCUUCCCUUCUUUCCGGCUCCUGCGUCGCUGUCGACUUCUGCGGGUGCUCCUCCACACCUGCUGCCGUCUCUGGGGUCCGAUCCGGUGACUGCGGCCGCCUCCAGAUCCGUGGAGAUGCCUGGACCGAGGCAGGAGACGCCUGGGGAGCCGUCGAGUUCAACUCCGUCUUUCCGGCACCGACAGAGUCGCGAGAAGGGAAGCAAUCCGCUGUCAGCUCCUCUCGGGGACUGCGGUGAGAAGAGCGACUUGGACGACUUUUCUGACGACCUUUCCGACGAGGAUACGGGCGCGCUGACAGGCCAUGCCGCGUCGCGCAGAGGGUCGGCAGCGCUUUCAGAGACGAAAGGCGCUACAGAGGAGCGACGACGGCGAGGAACCAUCGACGCCACGAACAGGCGUCCAGACGACGGCGACUGUGUCAACGCGCGUGGAGAGGAGGCCUCGGGGCUGGGGACUGAGGGGAGAAGCGCUGUCGAGGAGACAGAACUGAGACACGAGAGCAGCUUGGGGACAGCCGCGAGCACUGCAGAGGCGGCGCUUGCCACCCUGGGCUUCCCCUCGUUUGGGUCGUCUUCUUUCUCUGCGGUUGCAAAGGUCGACGGGAGGAAAGAAGACGGACAGACAGAGGGACAGAGCAUCGGCUGGCCAGGGAGUUCGGAAGAUCCGAAGAAGGAGAAGCCAGACGUUUUCGCGCUGCUCAGUUCCGGCGCGCCUGCCUCUGUCGCCUUCACCCUCGACGGCGAAGAGGCUGUUCGAGCCGCGUCUGUCCACGAACAAGGAGAGGAAAGCAAUCUGCUGCACCCGCGUCGCGGACGAGUAUCGAAAGUGUCUUCACCCUUUGGAGACAUCACGCUCUUCGUCCGAGAAAGUGCAAAGGGGGAAGAAGGCCAGGGACGAAAAACCGAUGAAACUUGGCCCAUCUUUGCAGACGAUGAAACAGAACCUCUCGUUCAAGAACAACUCAACAAACUCAUCGAACUCGCCACGGGACUCCAGAUUGCGACGGGGUACCUGUCCUCGGUGUUGGAGAAGAUUCGCUACGCAUUCAACUGGGCAGAUCCGUUUCUUUCCUACGCGUCCCUCUGUCUGCUGUUUUUCCACUGCGUCCUCUGGUGUCUCCUGCUGUUCGCGGCGAGCUUUGUGCCGCUUCUCGCGUGGCGGCUGCUUGUGUUUUUCGGCUUUCUGUUGUUCGGCGUCGUCACCGAUCCGCGCGUCCAGGCUCGGAUCGACGCGAAACUCCAGAAGGAGAUCCAGCUGCGCCUCGAGGCGGAAGGGAAGUCGGAGGCGAUGAACUCUCAGGAGAUGGCGAGGUUCGCUGCGCAGUGCCGCCCGGCUUUGCCCGACGCCGGCACACGAGAACAGAAUGAAGAUGACGCCUGCGCGAGGCGGCGGUCCUCGUCUUCGUCGCUCUCUUCCUUAAUUACGCGCUUCCCCGCUGCCUCUUCGAGCGACAGUGUUUCCGCGAGAGACUUCCGUGCUGGAGGCGAGGCAGCGAGACCCGGCGGUGGGGACGUCGAGCAGCCGUCGAGGACCUUCGAGAGAGAAGACAACUCGAUCGAGUCGCCUUCUCGCGCCGCUGGCGAGGGUCACAGUACACCGAGUCUUGAUUCAAAGGACAAACCGUCUACUGUCCCUAGCGGAAGCGGUCCAAAUACGGCUGCUUCCGGGGGUUCGGCCUCGUGGCUGGCUGCCUUUGUUGGGCCUUCUGGAGUGACGCCUGCCUCGACUUCUUCCCCUGAAAACGCUUCUUCCGCUGCUUCUGCAGCAACGUCUCAAACGCCUCUCGGUCUGACGUCCGCGUCGCCGUCCUCCCCGGGCGGCGCUCCUUUCUGGACUUUGCUGGACGUCGCAACUUUGAUCAAACGCCGAGGCCCGGGGGGAAGUUGUGUGGGUGGUCUGCAGAAGGCUGCUUCGCCUCAGAGCGACAGAGAUGGCGACGAAGGAAAGUCGCCAGGGACGUCGGCGACUUUGAGGGCAAAGUCGCUCGGAUCGGAGUCUGACGUGAACUCGGGGAGCAUGCCGGCGUUUCCUGUCGCCUCGCUCGGGCCGGGUCUCCCGCGACCGUCGGAGAGCCUCGAAACGUUCCGCGCCACCCGUAUCACACUCUUUACCUAUCUCGUGCAAGAAGCAAGUUCGGUGUGUUGCUUUUUCGGGGAUUUAUACGCCUCUCUCGUUGCCUUCUUCCCCGCGGUUCUCGGCCCACCCGCAGCGCCUUGUCUCCGCCUUCUCGGGAUCGGGGCGGUCCUCGAUUUCCUUCGCUUCACCCUUUUCUCGCCGCUCUUUCGCUUGCUCGAGUCCGCAGUCUUUACCUACUUCUCGCUGCUUCAUUUCUGGUGGGCACGACUCCCAGACAGGCGAGAAAUCGAGCACCGAUUGAUCGCCUCGACGCAGGUGAUCUCGUCCCUCGCGUCGCUUCUUCCACCCGUUUCGCCGGACCAGGCUGUGGAGAAAAAGGACGAGUCCUCGACCUCCCGCGCCCCCGUCUUCGCUGCUGUGUCCCCGCCCUGCACCUCGUCGCCGCUCUUCCCCGUCGACCAGCUUCUCUUUUCUACCGCAAAUCGGAUCGCACUCGCCCCGCCGACGGCAACGCCUCUCGCCGCGUCAACUCGCGUCUCAGAGUUCCUGCACAAGUACUUCCAAGAACGGUGGGAGAAGGAGAACCCUCUGACGGCGUCGGUCUACGCGGCAGCGCCGUACCUCCUUCCAGGCUCGCAGAAGAAAGGUCCGCGCGACGAGGCGCGGGAGGCGCCUGUCAAGGACAGGGAAAGCACAGAGACGGAGGGAGAGCGAGUUGCAUCCAAGGCGUCGCAGCGAGAAACGACGCAGAGCAAGACCGGCGCCCAAGACAAAGAGGAAAUCAUUGCGAGGGCCGCGAGUGGCGGGUAUGCACCAGACGUAGCGUGGCUGGCGUCGCAUUUGUCCUCGCAAGAACUGCAACGGUGGCACAAAGAACAGUCGAAACGCCUCCCCAAACACUUGCCUUCACUCCCUUCAGGACCCCCCAGUCGCCUGCACUCUUCGGACGCCCUGUCUCCUUCCUGGGAGGCCAGGGAACCGGUUGGAGGCGCGCGGUCGACCGGCGACUGGCGCCAGGACUCGGGGCGUGAAGGAGACGAUUUCGGCGACAGGGCAACUCGGCGCGGAGACACCGACCGGAGGCGCGGGGACGCCGAGGGGAGGCGAGGAGAGCCUGACCGGAGAAAAGGAGACACCGAUCGCAGACGUGGAGAGACCGACAGGAGGCGACGCGACAUAAUGGACCACAGGCAAAGAGACCCUGACGGGAGUCCAGGAGACAAGUUGGAGGAAGGGAGAGAGUCUUGGUCGAACUCGCCGGACGAAGGGAGGCAAAGCCACGCUUGUUCGAGGUCGAAGGCUCGACGAUCGAGUAGACGAGAAAGAGAGGACCGCAGCGGACGAGUAGAGAGAUUUCUUGGGCCUGUCUUCGGUUGGGGAGAGGACGUAGCCAUCGUCACGCGGCGCGCGCCGGUCGACGCUCGGAGCUCCGCAGGCGACAGUAGGCCGCGUCGGGAAGAGAGAGGAGACUCGGAGAAGAAGAAGGAACGAAGUUCUUUGGUGGGGGGUCUCCAUUUUUCAGACUUCCCGGCUUUCGACUUGCUUUUCGGCAGACACAAGAAAGCCAGCGAAAGAGACAGCCGUCAAGCGAGAGCCACACGAGCAGCAGACGUCUCAUCGCUUGGCACGCAUGCAUGCGCAGACAAGAUGCAAGAAACGCGGCGCCGGGAGGAACAGGCGAACGAGGAGAAACGUGGAGAGGGAGAGAUCCAGAGAGAAGAGAACUCGGGGAAGCAGCCGAGAGUGUUCGAGAGUGCCUUGCGACGCAUGUGAUGAUUGUGAAAAGAGGACGAUCGAGCACCUUCUCAAGGCCACAGGAGCAUUCGCUUUUCUGGAACUUGGAGGCAACCACGUUUACAGAGAAACGAAUCUACCAAGAAAAUCACUGGUAGAGGGUACGGUUGCUUAUAUAAAGAGCUCACCCAAGCCGUGGUUUCAAAUCCGCACUCGCGUCUUCACUGUCUGCGACAGAAGCCCCAUCAGCGCGAAUCGUGUGUCACAAAAAUACAAAAAUCAGCUUUUCCUUCACGAAAACAGCAGCGAACCUCGAACCUCCUCACCCGCCUCUCUGCUCCACACCGUCCACCCAAUGCGCCGUUUCAGUGGGGUGUUUGGACACACACAUUUCUCCACCAAAUGCAUGAACGCAUUCAACCAAUCCUAUAAAAUCAAUUCAUGUGGAUAUAUGCCGACAUAACUAGCCGCCUGCCGAGUUGCAGCUGCCUAACUCUAGAAAACACAUACAUGUAUACAGUCCAUAUACCCCUACGUAACUAUUCAUUGGUCUCUGUGCACCUGCCUCAAUACAAAAUACAUGCAUACAGAUACAUAUAUAUCAUGCAUAUCUAUAUCUAUAUCUAUCUACCUAUAUAUUAUGUAU